UUGCUUGCAGCAAGCGAGGGCAAAAGAGCCAUUCAACUCUAUUUGUAAGAACGGAAACUGUCCUUUAAAAAAAAGAGAGAGAAAAGUUAGGUUCCAGUGUGAUGCUUUAUCUCUGGAUGUUGUAGCGGGAUUAUUGGGGGAUUUCCGUCAACCGGGAUUUAUGUCGGAGUGGAAAUUUUCUUUUCUAAGGAUGGUGGGGUUUCCAAAGCGGGAGGCAAACUCCUGGCAACUUCUUGGAUGUCGCCCUGCACAUGUUGCUGACAAGUGCUAGUGUUCCUGGAACGAUGGUGACGCUGAAUACAUUCAGACUCGGUUGAGUUUUGUGACUAACCGUCCAACGUUGGGGUGAUUCCAAUAGCUGGAGCUGCGAUGACCAAGUAAACGCUCUUUCUCCUCCAUGCUGCGCGUGAGCCCGAGAACGGCCACCUCUGGCUGCGGCUGCGCGUGUUGCGCGCACCGUGCGCCAUCCGCACGUCUCGGGCGCCGAAUCUAAAAAAACCCCAUGCGGAACCUCCCGGGAGCCGCAGGAGACCGACGCGACGCAUCCGGGACGGUCUAGGUUGUCGUAUGUUCCGGCCGAGACGCUCCGGGCUCGUACGGCGACUGUGGAAAAGCCGUGCGCUCACCCAGACCGAUGGAAGCGGCCGUGCUGAGGGAGGAUGUCCGUGUGGCUCAGGGUUGCGCGAAAAGAAACGGGGUGUGGUGACGCGCGCCGGGUGGGACCCCGCGGAGGAGGCCGGGGAGAGGGAGGAAGGGGAUUCGGCUGACGACCACCGGGGUGCCUGUGCCUCGGGCCGCAGAGGCUCUCGCCGUGGGCAGGAGGGGGACAGGACGGUGACGUGCUGUUGGUUUGGAGAGUGGGAUCAAAGACCUCGAGGCCCCCCAAAAGACAACGUGAGCUCCUGUGAGUGCGACCUCGUGAAAACUGCCUACGCUUUUCUCAAAAGACUGCCAGAACCAAGUCUGGAUCCGUUGCUGAAGGCCGUGGAGUCCAAAGGAGGGGCGCUGAGCCAGUGCAUCAUGGUGCCUGGCACUGAGGUGCGCUUCGGGGCUCAUCGCGUCUCACCUCAGCACCUACUGGGUCGGAUAUACCGAUGGAGCGACCUGUCGCCCUCGGCCCGGCUUAAAGUGCUGCACCACUGCCAAAGUUUCCACGGCGGGGACCCUGGAAAGGUUUGCUGCAACCCCUACCACUACAGCCGCUUGUGUGGGCCAGAGUCGCCUCCUCCCCCGUACUCGGUGUCCCAUUCGGAUGAACACAAGCCACUGGACUCUACACUGUCUUACACUGAAACGCCGCCCACUGUCAUCAUGCCAGUCGACUUCACAGAGACCAGUACCUCCCUCUGCUCCUCUAUCUCCAGCGGGCAUCGCUCUCACUGGUGCAGUGUUGCCUACUGGGAAGAGCGCACACGUGUGGGCCGCCUUUAUCCAGCCUACGAUCCCUCGCUCAGCAUUUUCUAUGACCUACCUCAGGGCACGGGCCUCUGCCUCAGCCAACUCCACACCGACGCCAACCAAAAUCACCGUGACGACCGAGGCAGCCAUGGCACAUCCUCACUUCCAGGCUACCCUAGCCAUGGAGGGAACUGCAGCGGCAUCCAACAGAUUCGCAGUAAAAUUGGCCACGGCAUUGUGCUGAGCCGUGAGCCGGACGGAGUGUGGGUGUACAACCGCAGCCAGCACCCAGUGUUCGUCCACUCACCCACUCUGGACCUUCUUUGUGCUCGAGGGCUGAGCGUGAAGAGGGUGAUGCCAGGCUUCUCCCUCAAGAUGUUUGAUUAUGAGAGCUCCAACUGGAUGGCCGAGCACGGCGUGAAGCCUGAAAGCCAGGAGGGGCCCUGGGACCCCCACAGUGUUCGUAUUAGUUUUGCUAAAGGAUGGGGCCCCUGCUACUCAAGACAGUUCAUCACUUCCUGUCCGUGCUGGCUGGAGGUGCUCCUUAAUACCCACAGAUAGUACACAGCCUGUAUCUGAAUUGUAAUCCCCCGAGAUUUAAUAUAAAGUCGAUGUAUUUUAUAAAAUAUAUUAUACAUGUAAAUACUUUAUUUUGUCAUUUUCCAUUGCAGCUAUUUAUGUAUGGUGUCAUGUGUAUAUGAACAAAAAAAGGAACAAGAAUAUGCACUUUUCAUUCUUUUCACAUGUAUUACAGAGUUUCUCUGUGUCAGUUUGCUCCUGCAAACAUUCUCAGUUUAUGUCUUCAAAAUUUCACUACUUCAAAGUACGCCUUAC